AAUAAUAAUAAAUAAUAAAAAACAAAAAAAAAAAAAGGUUGUAUCCACAAAUCUAAACAUAAACAUGUACACAUUCAGCUUAGUCAAGAGAAAAAGCAAAAAAAAAAAAAAAAAAAAAAAAACAAAAACAAAAAAAGACUGUAAAAGACAAAUGCAUUUUUGUAAAUAUCAACCAGUUCAAUGGCACGCAACCACAAUUAGAUUAUUAAUAAAAAAAUGAUUAUAAAACUUUAUUGCUAAACAAUGUUAAAGUUAAAGUUUCUCUAUUUGAUAUAUUGUAUUUAUUAUUAUGAAUGAAAGCAUAUGACAAGUACACGAAACACAGGUAAAUCACUUUUUCAUUAUUGUCGUAAAUCUUAGUUAUAUAGAGUCGGUGCAUGUGCGAGCAGCGUAUUAUAAGCAAUGAGCGCUAGUUUACCCCUUGUCGCAAAUAAUCAUGAAAAAUCUAAGCAACAACAAAGUAAGGUUAACGGUAACGGGCAAAAAUAUGAAUCGAGACAUCAGUUACCGUAUCUUUUUGAAAAGGAAUUAAUUAAUAAACAAAACAAAUACAUACAUAUCCAUGAGACGUUUAUACCCUGUGCGGUGAAGACUAAUAAUGCUAUUGGUAAAUUUUAUAUUAAUCGUGAUCAGCUUAAACCGAUUAAAUACAUUUCCUACUUAAAGUUACUUGAACGUUUAGAAUAUAAUAAAUUUUUACCUUCUGGCAUGCCUCGAUUAGAAAGUCAGGUAUAUGGUUGGAUGCCGUGUAAUGUUAAGAGAAGUGCAAUUCUCGGACAAUUGAAUUACAUCAAUGCUCCAAAACGUCGAUGUUACCUAACCAUACACGGUGAAAAACUUCAUAAUGAAACAAUUACCGAAAGGACUCCUUUCAAUGGAGUACGAUUUCUUUUACAAUAA